UCCAGAUCCCUCCCCUCCCCUGCCGCCAUCCACAGCCGCUCGCCGCCGGCCUCGACCCUCUCCCCUGCCUCCGGCCAGAUCCACCGCAACCCCCUCCCCGCUGCCUCCUCCUUCCUCUCCAACCUCUCAACCUCUCGCUUCACCGCCCCGCGCCCUAGACGCCACCCACCUCUGCCACACCUCCCCUCCCCACCUCAGAUCCUCGUUCCCUCCUCUCUCUCUCCCACUCGAAUCAGAUCAAGAUCCGGAUGGUGGUCGUCGAUGCGGUGGUCGUCGACGCGGGGUCCAAGCUGGGCAUGGCGCUGCCCGACCAAGCCCCCGGGCUGGUGAUGCCCUUGAAGAUGAAGACGGAGGUGGCUACGGUUCAAACAUGCACGCGAGCGUCAAAUAGGAACCACCCAGUGGCAGCACCGGCAGAGGAGGAGGUGCCCUCGAGGAGGAGGGGAUGCUGCCGGAGGAGGGAGGAGGGGAUGCUGCGGAGCGGGAGCGGGUGGCAGGGCUGCAGGCGCGCGAGGACUACCGCCUCCCGCCUAGGCGCUUCGCCGGCGCCGUCAGGGCCUCCGAGGUCCGUCCCCCUCCAAUUCUCCCACUCUGCCUGAGCCACCCAU